CAUGAUGGGGCUGUUGGGUAACGUGGCAGAAGUCCGCGAAUUGCGCCACUUUCUCGUCACGUCGAAAUACCUGACUGUUUUUUCGGACCUUUUGGAUUCGCGUAGUGACGGAAUUGAAGUGAGUUACAACGCCGCUGGAGUCAUAUCACACAUUGCUUCAGACGGUCCAGACGUCUGGCUUGUUUUUCAACCUACUAGGGCUUACGUUUUGAAUAAAAUGGUGCGUGCCAUCGACCGAUGGGAUUUAAAUUCGCAGAGGAAUAUUAAUUAUCGUUCGUUUGAACCGAUUUUAUACUUGGUCAAGGUUUAUCACACACCCGAGUGUCAGAAAUGGGCUGUUUGGGCGCUGGCCAACAUGACCAAAGUUUAUC